CUGAGGUGGAGCCUGUGCUGGACUUUGCAUCCUCCGGGAGGACUGGUCGCAGGAACGCCCUCCCUGACAUUCUGGGCUCGCCGGCCGGCGUCAGCCCCUCCGACCUGCCUCUGAAACUAGCUGAAAUGUCUCUAAGCUCAGACAGAUCCCAGGAAAUGCAGUCCCCCUCCACAGAGGUGCCCCCGCAGCAGCCCCAAAGCCCAGAACUGAAGGACACGUCUUAACACCGUUAAGACCAUUUCUGACCAGCAGGGAAAGGAGAGACUGUCGAGCAUCAACACAGCUUGACUGGUGGGGCCUGGAGUUUGCUGGGUUUUCCUUGGUGCUAUGCAGCAAGAACAUCUUGUGUUCCUUGGAGCGGGGGAGUAGAGGAACCUCCGAGGGGGAAUAAGCAACCAUGUGUCUGGCAAAGCUGGGGAAAACCCCUGUGGAGAAAUGUUUCUUUGGUGGCAUCUAAGGACACAGACUUAGGAACCAAGGGCGUUUGUUUGGGGGUAUUUUCUCGUCUUCACACCCAAACAGCUGAGCGGUGCUGAUACCCGCGAUGACUCUGUGCUAGGAGCAUGACGAGCAACGAAGGGUUGUUCUUAGCUGAGUACGUUCGUUCACUGUGAUGUUCUGGGGCACAAUUUCCUUGUCUUUUCUUUUGUAAUAGAUGAUCCAGUAUCCUUAUUCAGGCCUUCUGAGAAGCCUGGGGCAGAUGGCGCAGUGGGGGUCCGUAGGACAUUCUCUCUGGCACCCAAAGGUGAAGCCCUUGUCUGGCAAACAGAAGCGAGUCCCUUCCCAGGCUGGGUCCUGCUUCUGCCGGGACCCAGUGUGACCCCUGCAACUUGUGAGAUAAAGCUCCCUUGAGCCCUGGCUCCCUUUAAGAGCUUGCCAACCAAACGGGAUGAAGUUUGGCAGUUUCACCAAAGUCUCAAAGCAGCCAGCAGGCCACACCGGGCGUCAGUGACGCCAGUCCACGGAGCUUAUUGUCACUGGUGAGCCGGGCUCAGCCCAGGCCCCUGGGCUUGCCUGGAUCCCCGCCCCCCAUGCAGCACCCCCUGCCCCGGGUUGUGGUUAGGGUCUAGGGCGCUGGACAUAUUGUGCACACUACCUCCCCCGAGGACUGGCCUUCAGGGGCAGCACCGGCUCUGCCCCCAAGCCAGGGCUGCCGCCUGCACUGAUCAGCAGUAUCCGCCCUCUGUACGAGGGCUCUGCAGGGAGAGAAGCAGGGUCAGUGGGUUUCACAGCAAACCCCAGAGGGGGCUGCCCCCCACCCAACAGCAGAGAACCCGAGGCCGAGGAUUUUGCGGCCUAAACACAGGCUCUGUCUAACCGGCAGCACUCGGCCCUCUGCAGGGAGACCGGUGCGUUACACAGGGAGAGCUGUAGCCCCAAGUUCCCAUCCCUUACCGGCGGGGAUGGCAGGGAACCAGCCGCAGGUGGUACCAGGCGCUACUCAGGUUUUGGGGGGCAUUUAAUGUUUGCUUUUCACUACGGGUGUAGAGGGACACCCCCACCCCCAGCCCCUCCCACCGUGCCUGGAUCCUCCCUGCCCCCGCGAGGAGGAAAAUAUAAAAGAAACCUAGUGGUUUGGCUCAGAUAUACUGUGGCACCUUAUGCUGCCGUGGCCACACGGGGCAGGGUUCUGGAUUGAUAGAGGGGUCCCUCCUGCCCUCCUGCAAUGGUCCCCCCAGAGGGGAGCUCUAGGACAGAGAACCCUGGUGUUCUGCUCGACAUGGCCUCUCUCUUACUGUUCCUGUUGUUUGAAUUGCAGCAGUGCCUAGGAGCCCCCGUCACGGACCCAGGCCCCACUGGGCUGGGCACUUUGCAGACACAACGGAGACACUCCGAGCCCUGAAGAUCAGAUGUGCAAUGUGCCAUGCCCCAGGCUGCAUGAGAGCUCAUGCUAGGUUUCCCCCCAGCACUCACUGUGGCCACCUGGCUCGCGGGAGACGAGCACUAUGAAUCCAACAGGACUCACUGCCACUGGCCUCGCGUCCAGCCUUGGGCACACAGGAGCCAGGAGAAUAGCCAUAGGCAUGGGAGGACUCUGCAAUGAUUCCCUCUGGGGAGGGAAUUAGUUUAGAUUCAGGCCUCCCCCUCCCACUUGUGUCCCUGGGUUCCCUAACUCCUCGUUCAAGUGGGCACUCUGUGCUGCCAGCCCCUCCACGGUGCCUCCAGCCAUGGUCUCUGGUUUGGGUGCUCAGGGAACUACAGAGGCCCGUGUGGAUUUUGUUGUCCUUUCCCUGGGGGCUGGGCGCAUCACUUUUGCUGGCCUUUCACCUUCUGCCAGUGCAAAGACGCAGGAGUCUAAGGCUGCCCCCAGUCUCUGAGAAUGCAGAACUGCUGCCCAGGUUUCUUAUUGACCCUCCUGGGCUCCCAGAGCCAGCAAACUGAUGUGAAGAGCACUCCUUCCCCAAAUGCCACUCUAAGGUCAGGUCUCCAACGUGGUGUUUCUGGAGCUGCAGCUCCUGCCUUGGCACUGGGAAGUUCCUUCUGGGAGAGGACGGAGCCAUGCAGGGGCUCUGGUCUCCCAGCUGCGGGAUCAGGGUAGCUCUCAGUGCCCAGGCAGGACUGGGGUCAUCAUAAUACAGCUGCAAUGCAGAAACACAUCGGUGUCGCAAGGAACAAGAUGCUUCUAAUAAACCUGGAAGGACUUUGUGCUGCACAGUAAUACCAGCCCUUUGCCAUUCCCCAGCACCUUCCAUCUGAGGACCUCAAAGCCCUAUACAAAAAGAUCACAUGUACCCAAAGAUACAACCCAACCCUGGUUAUUGACGGGAAUGAAUAUAUCGCUGGUCCAAGGUACUUGCUACACCCUGUGUUGGGCAUUUAAAAAAAAACCUACAGCUCCAUUGAUACACAUAACAACUCCUAAAGGCUUGACAUAGACUUAAGAAAUUCAUUUCUCACAAACUACCUAGGGGACAAACUUCCUGCCAUUAAAAAAGCUGGUAUUCUCAGCUUUCCAGGGGUAUAAAGCACUAAUUUAUAAUCAUCAAAGGUCAUUUUGUCAGAUCUUUUAAAAUCACACCACGCCGAUUACCAUCUUGCUCCCCCCACGCUUGCAUUCCAGUGUGUUUUGGUAGCUGCCAUCUCAAGAACUACUUGAGACAGAAACUGAUGCUGCCUGUCCUCUUGAGUGGAAGGUUGGGAAUCUCAGAUUUCAAAGGGGAUAAAACAUCAACCUCUAUCUUGAAAUACCAGCUGCUAAAAUCACCCUGGAAUGACCGUCACAAACGUGCUUUGUGGAUGGGACCAAUAUAAAUGGUUUCAGGACCAAUCUGAUUUUUCUAAGCACUGAUCCUGUGCUGAAUUUGCAAAACAUCCGUCUGCCCAUUUAUUUCUGGAAGGCUCAGGCCUAGAUUCUGGUCUCAGUGACUACCAGGAUAAAUCUGUAGUAAAUCCAUUUCAGUGAAUGGAGUUAUUCCAAUUUUACACCAGUGGAAAUGAGACCAGACUCUGACCCCCCACGGCUAAAUAAUGCUUGUACAAGGAUACUGGAUUUAGCAUCAUUCCUAACAUGUAAACAAGAGGUAUCCUGGAUUUAAUGUCUGUGUAAUGUGUCUGUGUGGGUGUGUGUUGGAUAUGUAUAGUGUGUACAUGCUGCUUCCUGGAGCAUCUGAGCACAGCUGGGAACAGAGCGAAUGUGGAGACUGGUUUGUGGUGGACACUUGGGACCAGGGAUUGGGGCUGGGAGGAAGGUCUGAGGACUGGGACUUCCCAAGGAAAAUUUCAGAUGGGCACAUGCCCCCAGCGCCCAAACUGUCAGAUAGCCUUGGUUUUGACUUGGUGGCUGUCAGGAAUUGAGAUGGGGCUGGGAGUGCAGUGAACACAGGGGUUCUUUUUUUAAGGGAGCAGUGUGCAUCUCUGGGAGAGUCCUGAGCUGCUCCCACCUGGGGACUUGUUUGGGUAAUAAAUUGUGAGUAUUUUCCUGUGCAUCCCUAUGCAGCGUAUGGCUCUUUGGUUGCAGGGGUGUAGCCACGGGGGGAGGGCUGUCCAGGAGACAGCGGGACUUUCCAAACUAAAUCCCUCUCUCUGGUUUGCAAAGGGGCCUGUGAGGUGCAUAGGGAGCUAAACUGCCUGCAGGGUGUGUACGUUUGUGUAGGGGGAGGUGUUGCAAGGUGGGAGGAUUCUGGGGUGAAGAUCUCCAGGGCUGCAACACAUCUGUGCUCACUGUUGGAAAGAGUUAGCAGACGAUCAGCAGGGGAGGGGAUAAGGAUGUGAUAUUAGCGAGAGAAGCAGAUAGCUCAUUUGGGGAGAGCCAUUAAAAAAGGGAUUGGACAUUUAUAUGGCUAUCAAGAAUAGCCAGAGUUCACACAACUGGCCAUGCAGAGCAUGGGGUGAGGACAUACACUCAACUCGACGGCAUUUCUCCGCAUUUUGGUGACAAUCUGAAACUCCAAAAAGCCUUGUUUCCACUAGAACCAGGCCCACCAAGUGCCAAUUUCAUCAAGAUACAGGGGUGAGACAGUGACCUCACAGAGGCUUGGGGGAGGGGCAGCCUUUUCUGGUUUUCACCUGAAUCAAUUGGGUACUGACCAGAGUACGGAGCAAAGGGCCUGGCCAUCAUAUGGGUGAGGGCCCAGCUGGGUGUACAGCGUGGCCUACAUAAGUAAAGACAUCUGCAACCCUCUGGUAAAGUUGCGCGUGUAAUAUGAGAUUCCGCUGGGUCUCCUGCUGGGCUCUGUUAAACUGAGGUGGGUGCUAUAACGUAGUGCACCCGUAGCCGUGUCACCAAAAGCAGCAACGAGAUCUGUCUGUCAGCUCAGAGUGUAUCGCAGACAACAAGCAUGCCUGGAUUUAAAGGAAGUGAUUAAUGGGGUGCGGGGAGGCCAAGGGAGGUUGGGCUGAUGUCAACUGCAAUGGCGGCCACACAAGGCAUGGCACAGGAUACACGAUGAUGGAUGAGUGUUCAGAUGAUGCUGACUUCAGUUCUGGGUUUGUUCUUAUCGCUUCUCACGCGGGAAGCGAGUCCGAUCUGGGGUCUUGCAAGUGUAGUCAUUGCUGGGGGGAGGAUGGAGCACUGACCUUAUGACAUGCUCUCUUCCCGCAGAGACUUCACAUGCAGCUCCUCAAAAGUGGGCACAGACCUCUCCUUCUGGGUCUGUCCAGGGCAACAAGUUCCCAGGUUUUAAUGUCUAUCGUGCAUGCUUUGAGUUGGAUUUCAAGGUGUCUUUAUAUCUGAGGAUGGGUCGACCCUUAGAGCGGGCUCCUGUGCUCAGCUGGCUGGAGAGCACUGCUUUUGGCAUACAGGAAACCUCCAGGCGGACCACGUGUCCGACCCAGCGAAGUUGAGCCCUGAUGAGCAUGCUGUCGACGCUUAGGGUUACAGUACAGUCUAAAGACAUUAAAGAUGUGUACAACACCCACUCUUUGAGAGGUGCCAAAUGCUGGUCAGACCAUCGGAUAGUGAGAUGUAUCAUGUUACUACACUUUGCACCAAAGCGCCCCAGAUGUCAUUUCAAACCCCCAAAGAUGAUCAAUGUGGUUUCCAUGAAAGACCCCAGCAAACAAAGUUGGAACAGACACUGGAGACUGCAUUAGCUGAGGUCCCAAAGAACCCCACAGAUAUUGAGGCAACCUGGUAGAAGCUCAGAGAUGUCACAUAUAAUACAGCAUCCAAGGUUCUUGGCUUUGUAAGGUGGCAACACCAAGACUGGUUCGAUGAGAAUGACCGUAAGAUAGACUGGCUACUGAAGACCAUGCACACCAAACACAAGUUCUACAUCUUGGACAAGAAAUCAGCAAUGAAGAAGGCCAGGUACCAUCAGGCCAAACAUACACUACAAACCAGAUUAAGGCUAAUGAAGAAACACUGGUGGGAGCAGAAGGCUGAAAAACUGCAGGGAGCAGCUGACAAGCACGACGGAAUUGGCGGCUGUGAUUGCAGAGCCAUUGGCCAUUAUCUUUGAAAACUCAUGGCGAACGGGGGAAGUCCCGGAUGACUGGAAAAAGGCUAAUGUAGUGCCAAUCUUUAAAAAAGGGAAGAAGGAGGAUCCAGGGAACUACAGGCCAGUCAGUCUCACCUCAGUCCCUGGAAAAAUCAUGGAGCAGGUCCUCAAAGAAUCAAUCCUGAAGCACUUGUAUGAGAGGAAAGUGAUCAGGAACAGCCAGCAUGGAUUCACCAAGGGAAGGUCAUGCCUGACUAAUCUAAUUGCCUUUUAUGAUGAGAUUACUGGUUCUGUGGAUGAAGGGAAAGCAGUGGAUGUAUUGUUUCUUGACUUUAGCAAAGCUUUUGACACGGUCUCCCACAGUAUUCUUGUCAGCAAGUUAAGGAAGUAUUGGCUGGAUGAAUGCACUAUAAGGUGGGUAGAAAGCUGGCUAGAGUGUCGGGCUCAACGGGUAGUGAUCAAUGGCUCCAUGUCUAGUUGGCAGCCGGUGUCAAGUGGAGUGCCCCAGGGGUCGGUCCUGGGGCCGGUUUUGUUCAAUAUCUUCAUAAAUGAUCUGGAGGAUGGUGUGGAUUGCAUUCUCAGCAAAUUUGCGGAUGAUACUAAACUGGGAGGAGUGGUAGAUACGCUGGAGGGGAGGGAUAGGAUACAGAAGGACCUAGACAAAUUGGAGGAUUGGGCCAAAAGAAAUCUGAUGAGGUUCAAUAAGGAUAAGUGCAGGGUCCUGCACUUAGGACGGAAGAAUCCAAUGCACCGCUACAGACUAGGGACCGAAUGGCUAGGCAGCAGUUCUGCGGAAAAGGACCUAGGGGUGACAGUGGACGAGAAGCUGGAUAUGAGUCAGCAGUGUGCCCUUGUUGCCAGGAAGGCCAAUGGCAUUUGGGGAUGUAUAAGUAGGGGCAUAGCGAGCAGGUUGAGGGACGUGAUCGUUCCCCUCUAUUCGACAUUGGUGAGGCCUCAUCUGCAGUACUGUGUCCAGUUUUGGGCCCCACACUACAAGAAGGAUGUGGAUAAAUUGGAGAGAGUCCAGCGAAGGGCAACAAAAAUGAUUAGGGGUCUAGAACACAUGAGUUAUGAGGAGAGGCUGAGGGAGCUGGGAUUGUUUAGCCUGCAGAAGAGAAGAAUGAGGGGGGAUUUGAUAGCUGCUUUCAACUACCUGAAAGGGGGUUCCAAAGAGGAUGGCUCUAGACUGUUCUCAAUGGUAGCAGAUGACAGAACGAGGAGUAAUGGUCUCAAGUUGCAGUGGGGGAGGUUUAGAUUGGAUAUUAGGAAAAACUUUUUCACUAAGAGGGUGGUGAAACACUGGAAUACGUUACCUAGGGAGGUGGUAGAAUCUCCUUCCUUAGAGGUUUUUAAGGUCAGGCUUGACAAAGCCCUGGCUGGGAUGAUUUAACUGGGAAUUGGUCCUGCUUUGAGCAGGGGGUUGGACUAGAUGACCUUCAGGGGUCCCUUCCAACCCUGAUAUUCUAUGAUUCUAUGAAGGCCUUUAAGAAGGUCUCCAUGCUGUGUAUGGCCCAAAAUCCAGUGGUACAGCCCCUGUCCUCACAGCAGACAGUAACGGGCUGCUCACAGGGGAUGGUGAUAUUCUCUCUCACUGGGCAGAACACUUUGAUAGUCUUCUGAACUGUCAAUGCCUAUGUCCAAUGAAGCUAUUGACUCACUUCCUGCAGCAUCCUGUCCUGGAGGAGCUGUCCCUCACUCCUUCUUUAGACGAGAUUACUAGAGGCCAUCAAGAUGCUGUCCAUGGGCAAGUCUCCAGGCCCUGAGAGCAUUCCAUCUGAACUGUACAAGUGUGGAGGUGCCCACCUGGUCAGGAAACUCACCAGCCUUUUCAAGACUAUCCGGGAACAGGGCACUGUGCCCCAGGACUAUAGGUAUGCUUUCAUAGCUCAUCUAUACAAAAGGCAUAGGAUAUACUACGCAUCGUGAACUCCAGGUGGUGUGCAGAAUUUGGUUAGAGUACAAAUGGCUGUAGAUGGCUCUCAUGCGGACUCCCUUGGCCACGUGUAGUUAGCAGUGGGGCUGUGCAGGGCUCUGGUAGGGGCUGUGCUUUGCAUUGUUUUAACGUCCAGAGGAUUCAGAUGUUUGUUCUCAUGGCAGUCUACCGAGGGCGGAGUGAAUUUUGUCUUGAAUUGUGAAUUGUGAUGAGGUUUACAAAGGGUGGAUGUCCCAGAUCUGGUUCUGGGGUGAAGGCACAGCACUGGGGCUCAGGAGAUUGGGGUUCAGGUCCCAGCUCAGUGUGUGACCUUGGGCCAGACACUUCGGAUCAGAUUUGACACUGGCAGGGGAGUUUAAAAUGACAAGUAGCAGAUGCGCAUUUGGUUGGUUUUCUAGCUUGUCUUCCACACCCUGCUGCUGCCCAAAUGACAUCCUGUCCCUGCUGUUCCCUGAGACCUUCCACCCAGCCACCCCUCCCCAUGGAUCACAAUGGGCGCAGUUCUCCAGCUAAGCCCAGUGAAUUUGUGAGAGCCGCCUGCUGCUGGAGCAGGCUCCCUGUGCUUGUGGGGAGACAGACUGUGGGCAGGGAGGUGGAGGCCCCCCGCAUUUGGGGGAAUAGGAGCAGGUUUCUGCCAUGAGGAGGCAUGAGCAGGUGAGUAGAGUCGUGCAUGGGGCGGGUGCAGAGGAGGUCCAUUCCCAUCUCCCCCUCCGCUUGUGGCUGAUUUGGUGGAAGCAGGUGAGCUAAUGAAAAGACUUAAAGUGGAGGAGCCAUAUGGCGAGGAGCCAGGAUGGUUAUCACAGGUGCAGCAUUCCAAAUGUACUGGAGUGGGGGAGGCCAGAGAGCUGGGGCUCAGCAGGCCUACCCCCCGUUACCUGGCACAACGGCACAGGAGGGAAACCAGCACUGUUGGUGCAAUUCUUACCAGGCCUCAGCCCCACAGCAUGUGUCACCGCCUGGGAGCGGGCUUCCCAGCCCCAUUCCUGCCCCUUCUGCUCCCUUGAGUCUCAUUUCGGUGCCUAAAGGGGAGCUGAGCAUGUCUGAAAAGCUGCACGUCUGUAACCCCCUGGGGAGCAUGCCAAGCCCACCCACAGCGGGUGCGUGCACUCUGAGAGUGACUGCAUACCGCAGCACAGCGCUGGGGGGACAGGCCCCCGCCCGACUGCUCGGUGUCACACAGAGCGACGGGGAAAAGGGAGUGAGCCCACGGCUGCUGAGCCAGCUCAUUUAGCUGGGAAAAAAUAAGAGGAAAUGCUACGAAAUAAAUCAUCCGGGGUAAAUUGGCAUCAUCUCCUGGAAGCUAUUGCUGGGAAAUGCCUCUCAGAGCCUCCAGCCUGUCUCCCAGUGCCAUUGCAGGCCUGCAAUGCCCCCCUCAGGAUCCAUCCCUGAGGGGGGCAUUUCCAAAGGCUCUUUCCAGGCCAAUUUUAAAUGUCCUAAGUGAUGGGGCUUCUGCAGCUUCCCUUGGGUACACAGUUCCACAUCCUCAGAGAUCUCACCCUUUGGGAAGGCUUGUCUCAUAUUCACCCUAAGCUCCCCUCCCUUUCAAUCCAUCCUGGGCAUCUAGUUACCUUCUAAAUAAUUCCUCUCCCUCCCUGCUGCUUACACUUUGCAGAGUUGUAAGCCCCAGGCCUCCCUAGCAGUUGCUUAGGUGAGCAAUGGAUCUUUAGCUUGUCUAAGAUUUCCUCUUAAAUCCAUCUCUCCAACUCCUGCAUCGUUUGUUUGGUUUUUUUUGCUCUUCACUGAAUUGCCUCCAGCUUGUUAACGUCUUUCUGGAGUGAGAUUCCCAGAACCAAAUGCCAGCACAGAACCACUCGAAAGAUGACAAAGUCCCAAGAACCUCCCAGGGACAUGGAGCGGGCCUCAAAACUGCUGAGCGUAAGAGCCUUCAAGGCCUAGAUCCACAAAGGGACGCCGUAUAGUCAUCUGGUUUGGGCACCCAGCUGGGAGGUCAGAGCCCCUGGGUCCACUCCCCUGCACCAGCUUCAACAGGAGAAACUAUCAGAGCCCCACAUCAGACUAUCCCAGAGCCCUGUUCAAAUCCUUUAUUUCCCCUCAGGUGGAAAGGGGACAGAACCUGGGUCUCCCACAUCCCAGGUGAGGGCCCUCACCACUGGGCUACCAGUGACCACCUGG